GUCCAUCAUUCGAGUUUUGUGUGCGUGGCGCGGCAUGAUCGACUUCGAGGCCUAAUCACUGAGAGAAUUUGACCCGCCCAUCUCCCCAUCAUGCAUUCCUACGUGCGACCGAACCAGUUUGUCGCCUUCAAGCUCCCGUCCGAUCAGACGAGGAUCCAGAAGAUUGUCCCCAACACCCAAGUAUUCCUAGGCAAAUAUGGUACAUUCCCCGCCAACCAGAUCAUCGGCCGUCCGUUCUACCUGACCUUCGACAUCCACGAGACGCCCGGCGAAACCGAUAGCACGUACCUGCGCAUUGUUUCGGCGGCCGAACUCCAUGCGGAACACCUCAUUGCCGAGGGCGAAGGCGAUGGCGACGACCAAGAGCCCGCCGUUGAGGCCGCGACGAUGCGCACGAACCGCGACACGAUCGACGAUCGCUCAACCCAGAAGCUGACCAUCGAGGAGAUCGAGGCCCUGAAGAAGGAGAGCACGGGAGCAGGAAAGGAGAUCAUUGCCAAGCUGUUAGAGUCGCAUUCGGCAAUUGACCAGAAGACGGCAUUCUCGCUGGCGAAGUACAAGUUGCGCAAGGAGCGGAAGUACAUGAAGCGGUUCACGGUCAUCCCCUUGGAUGUCAGUCUGUUGACGAAUUACAUGCUGCAAGACAAGGAGGCGGCGAGGACUUUGGAGAUGCGCGAUGAGGCGCUCGGUCUGCUUGGAUGCUGGGGCAAUGUGCACCACGGAGGAAGCACAUCAUUCGAUAUGGAGACGGUGCUGUCGAACCCAAACGGGCGGUACCUCGUCGUUGACGAUACGGGUGGCUUGGUGGUUGCUGCUAUGGCGGAAAGGAUGGGGAUUCUCUACCCGCAUGAUGGUGACUUCGACGAGGAACAGCAGGAUGCUCAUCAGAAGGUACCUGCGACGGCAGGCGCUCAAGGGGAGCACGACGGAGAGGCACCAUCUACCGAGGGUGCUACGUCACGUCGCAACCGUCGCCCACAGAUGUCUGCCCAAGGAAAUACCAUCACUCUGCUUCACGCGAACAAACAACCGAACAUCAGUCUCUUGAAAUACUUCGGAUACGAGGCGGACGACCCGAGUGAAACCCACCCUCUUUACACGAACUUCAAGACCGUCUCCUUCAUGCAGCUCUUGGACCCCAACGCAGACAGCAUUUACGAUCAGGAACCAGCGGAGAUUCCCGCAGAAGAGCUAUCCACAUAUAAGUCCAGCAAGCGCAGUGCCUAUCACCGCAAGCGCGGCCGGUGGAUGCGCGUACGACGAGUCGUCGACGAGGCGCGGGCGGGCGGUUUCGAUGGCUUGGUCAUCGCGACUCUGAUGGACCCGAGCAGUGUUCUGAAACAUACGAUCCCACUAUUGGCCGGCUCGGCUCCUGUUGCCGUAUACUCGCCUAAUAUCGAGCCCCUGACGGAGGUAAUGGAUCUGUACUCCACCGCCAGGAAGACCGCUUUUAUCAACCGAAGGCGCGAGCUCAUGGAGCAGCGGGCGACGUCCGAUGACCCGGUCGACGUGCGAUCUGAGCUGGAGGAAGAGUUCCCUCUCGACCCGACCCUGUUACUGGCGCCCACGUUAGAGACAUCGAGAGUGCGCGUGUGGCAGGUCCUGCCAGGGCGCUCACAUCCCAUGAUGUCCAGUCGGGGUGGGGCUGACGGCUUCAUUUUCCACGGUAUCAAGGUCAUUCCCACACAAGAACACAUUGAGGCAGCAGGAAAUCCCAGCCGCAAAAAGAGGAAGAUUGCCCGGUCAGAUGAGACCCCAGCGGACAGUGGUGAGGGUGCUGAUGUGGAAAUGACUGCGUAGAUUCUGAUGGAUGGCCAGAUCCACAAUACUGUCCAGGUCAUGUUGAAACAUGUAAAAUAGAGGCUCUACGAACCAUCAAGCCGGGACCUAAUCCUUAUGUGGAAACACUUGACGAUGAUGCAAAUGUCCAAAAGAAAUCUCAGACCACAAUUCUGUUACUGAUCUGAGC